AUGGCCUCCACAAACGAUGCUCUCUGGUUCCUACAACCAUUUCAGAUUUUCAGCACAUUGGGUGCUGCAGUGAACUUUGGUGGAUCCGUCCUUCAAAGUCCCUUGAUUAUGCCAAUGCUCCAAAUGCCAGAAGUCCCGGUCAAAUACGCUGGUCAACAAACAGCGUACCUCCUGCACCACAGCGAGCAUAUCUUUCCCCCUCUCAACGCCGCCUGCACUCUCUCGAACCUCAUAACAACCAUCAUUGCAUUCCUCAAUCGCAACAGCCAUUCCGUGGCCAGCGCGAAGCUUCCGUACCUGUACAUGGCCACGGCAGCCAACAUCGCCACGACUGCAUACGCGCUGCUGAUAAUGGUGCCCAUGAACAGGAAGCAAACAGCCAUUGCUGAGAAGCUCAAGGAUAGGGAGAAUGAGAAUGAAGAAAAGGAGCUUAGGAGGCUGCAGAACAGGUGGCAACGACGGAAUUACGGAAGAGCGAUGAUUAUGAUUGCUGGGAGCGUGGCUGGCAUGAUGGGUCUUUUGGCACAGCAUGCAUAG